AUGCCAAGUGCUUGCAGAUGCCAGCCUGGCCGUGUCCACUCACCCUCCUGCCGACACCUGUGUAAGGACGGUCCCCUGGCCUCCUGGUGUUACCUGUGUGCACCAGCCACCGCCUACUCCCAGCCUGGCCCGCACACGGCACUCCGCCAGCUCAGUUGCCGCCUGCUGACCAGUCUGCCAGGAUCAGGGCUCUGCCCGCCGUCUGCCCGCCUUCACCUCAUCUUCCUCCUGGGCGCCUUACGAGCCCCCGCGGAGCCGCUCGGAGGGGUGCUGGCAGGACAGCCAGAACCCGGAGAGCCUCUGGCAGCUGAGUGUAGCCACGCUUAUCCCGGGAUGUCUGAGGCCAGAGAAGACAGUUCACUGGUGACGCUAACCCUUGACUUCGUGUCCCCCACCCCCGUGCCCUGGGAGGACCUGAGACCCGCUUCCCAAAUGGCCAGGCCUUCACCAGCCGUGCAUCUGGGUGCUGGGCUCAUUGAUAUGCCAUGCCCGACGAUGGACACCCGUGAUGAGGAGGUGCAGCGGCAGUAUGUUCUCACUCCUUCACAGCUCAUGACAGCCCUGGGAGGCCCAGCCCUGGGCACCGUCACUGACGUGAGCGUUCAGGGGGGGGAACAGGAAUGUGGCGGAACAGGAAUGCGGACAAAUACCCCUUGGGACUUCCACAUCCUGCGGGCGCGACGUCCGGAACCUGUUUUCUGGGCAUCGCGCCCACGAGGGGGCACAAUUCGGAACCGGACGCGCCGUGCUGGGGGGCCCACUUCGGCGACGGACCGGCGCCGUGCGCGUCGGUUCCGGCCCGAGCUCGGCCUGGGUGGGCCACGGUGGACACCAGAAAGGAGUUUGUUGCAGGAGGCGGAGGAGGGACUCGCGCUGUGGGCUGAGGUACAGCCGCGCUGCCGCCGCCUUCCCUCCUCGGCCGGUACCCCAGCCCUUAGCGGUUCCCCGAGUCGCGCCGGUGUCGAGCGGACAGACGUACACCCACCCUAUCAGGACCGGCCGCCGGCCUGUGGUCCCCGCCGAGGACACGAAGUGCCCGUCAAGGUUGGGGCGGGCACGGCGGAGGGCUGUCUUCCCUCUGUACUCUCAAAGACCCCAGGUUCUGUGACGGGAGGCCCGCAAACCGCCGGCGUGUGGUCCCGGGCAAGUGGUUCACCUUCCGGGGCCUCCGUGUCCAGUAGGGAGGACAGUGCUCACGUCGCAGGCACGUUAGAGGGCAGCAAGUGGGCAGACGCAGCACCACCAAAGGUCAGGGAGGGCAUGAUGCGCCCCCUUAUGACCCUGCUGCGCCGGCCCUUGGCCUGGACCUGGGCCUCCGGCUGGUCAGCCCCUCAAAGGCUCAGAAGACAGUGCCCCCUACAUAGGGCAUCAGCCACCCAUGCUGACAGCAGUGCCCCGGUGUUCACCCGAGCGCCAGUGUUUGGUGACAGGACUGCUUUGGUGGACCAACACGGCUGCCACACGUACCGGGACCUAUACCAGCAGAGCCUGCACCUGGCCCGGGAGAUCUGCAGGCUCCGAGCGUGCCCCGGCGGUGACCUGGCCGGGGAGCGGGUCUCCUUCCUCUGCUCCAACGACGCCUCUUAUGUAGUGGCGCAGUGGGCCUCGUGGAUGAGCGGCGGUGUCGCAGUCCCGCUGCAUAACAAGCAUCCGGCGGCUCUGCUGGAGUAUUUCAUCCAGGACUCCCGCAGCUCCGUGGUUCUGGCCGGCACUGAUCACCUGGAGCUCCUGAGCCCCGUGGCCAGCAGGCUGGGCAUCCCGCUGUUGGCACUUCCCCCCACCUGCCCUGGGGCAUCAGGGGGCCCGGCGGGAGCAGACGCACCGGCUCCCCACUGGCAGGAGUGGGGCUGGCAGGAGCGGGACGCCAUGAUCGUCUACACAAGCGGCACCACGGGCCAGCCCAAGGGCGUGCUGAGCACCCACCGCAACAUCAGCUCCAUGGUGACAGGGCUGGUGGACAAGUGGGCGUGGACGCUGGACGACGUCAUUCUGCAUGUCCUCCCACUGCACCACAUCCAUGGCAUUGUCAACAAGCUUCUCUGUCCACUCUGGGUGGGCGCUGUCUGCGUGAUGCUGCCCGAGUUCAGCGCCCAGCAGGUUUGGGACAAGUUCCUGAGCACUGACAUUCCACGGGUCAAUGUGUUCAUGGCGGUGCCAACAAUCUACUCCAAGCUGGUGGCCUAUUACGACCAGCACUUCACACAGCCCCAUGUCCAGGAGUACGUGCGAGCUGUGUGCCAGGAGAGGGUCAGGCUGAUGGUCUCCGGCUCGGCCGCGCUGCCCCUCCCAGUGCUGGAGAAGUGGAGGGCUAUCACGGGCCACACCCUGCUGGAGAGGUACGGGAUGACAGAGAUCGGCAUGGCUCUUUCCAACCCCCUGACCACAGCCCGAGUGCCAGGUUCUGUAGGGACCCCGCUGCCAGGGGUGGAGGUGCGCAUUGUCUCUGAGAAUCCGCAGAGAGACGUCUGCUCCUAUGCUGUGUAUGCAGAGGGAAACGAGAGGGAAACCAAGGUGACCCCAGGCUUCGAGGACAAGGAGGGAGAGCUCCUAGUUAGGGGACCCUCGGUGUUUCGGAAAUACUGGGACAGACCCGAAGAAACGAAACUCGCCUUCACCCCAGAUGGCUGGUUUAAAACAGGCGACACGGUUGUGUUCAAGGACGGCAGGUACUGGAUCCGGGGCCGGACCUCAGUGGACAUCAUUAAGAGUGGUGGUUACAAGCUCAGUGCCCUGGAAGUGGAGCGCCACCUGCUGGCCCACCCCAGCAUUACAGAUGUGGCUGUGAUUGGAGUUCCUGACAUGACAUGGGGUCAGCGGGUCACUGCUGUGGUGACCCUCCAUGAUGGACACUCACUGUCCCUGCAGGAGCUCCGAGAGUGGGCAAGGGGGAUGCUGGCCCCGUAUGCUGUGCCCUCCGAGCUACUGCUGGUGGAGGAAAUCCCUCGGAACCCCAUGGGGAAGGUCAACAAGAAAGAGCUGCUCCAUCAAUUGUACCCGGGGGCCCCGGGACGGGCAGGGACAGAGGUGAGUCCUGGGGGUGGCUGCAUCCUCCCUCUGCCCACUGUGAGUGCCGGGGCCUGUUCACCAUGCAGCUGGAGGCUGGUGGACUUCCUCCUGAGGACCCAGUCGUCCCAGCUCUGA